AUGGGUUUGUCAGAGUUGCAGCAGCGUGUGCCGCUGGAUGGGGUGGCGGCACUCAUAGGAAGGCGCAUUGCGGCGUUGCUUGUGCCUGUGUUUGUGUGUCUACUUCUGGUGUCAUGGAGUACUCUGAAUUUGUCACCUUUUUUGGUCGGCCGGUACAUGUCACCCGUGUUCGUUUUCAUGGAUGAGGACACACAUGCUACCAUUCAGGGCAAGCUUGGCUCUUCCUUAGUGAAUGCCUUGGCUCUUGUCGCUAUUCUCACUGUCAUGACGUUUCUCAUAGUGUUGUUGUACACCUAUCAUUGUGAGAAGGUUCUCUUUGCUUUGUUGUUCCUUUCAGCUGGCUCCGUGUUUUUCUUGAUGAUGUGGAUUUGGCUGGAUCUUUUCUGUACACGGUUUCAGGUACCCUAUGAUAUUGUUACAUCCACUUUUCUACUGUGGAACAUUGGAGUUGUGGGGUUCGUAUCUAUUUUUUACUACGCGCACCCCAUCCUCGCGCAGGUGUACCUGGUGGUAUUGUCAAUCCUCAUCGGCUGGAUAAUGACGUUUCUUUCUGAAUGGACUACAUGGGCGAUACUCGUGUUUGUUGCAUUGUAUGACGUGGUUGCCGUGCUAAGUCCACGCGGGCCACUUAAAAUGCUCAUUCAAAUUGCAGAGAAACGCAAAGAACCUAUCCCCGGAUUUGUUUACAACAGUGACACCUUGAACAUGUUGGCGCAUACACCCGGGCAUUCAAGGGAUGUCACAGAGGAGGAGACGCGAACAGGAGAUGUUUUGCGUAUAAAAAAUAACAAUAACGCGGCUAAUCCAAAAAAGAUUUCUCAAUUGUCGUCGGCGUCUUGCGUGUAUUAUGCAUUGAAACGCAGUCCAUUUAAAUUGGGAUUGGGAGACUUCAUAUUUUAUAGCGUAUUGAGUUCAAGGGCAGCUGUAUACGCAUUUAUGCCAUGGACAGCGUCCACCAUAGCCGUUUGUGUAGGCCUGGUAGCCACUUUGGCCUCAUUGAUACUGUACGCAGGUCGAUUUCCCGCUCUCCCCGCAUUGCCUAUAUCUAUCUGCUUAGGUGUUUUAAUGUUUUUCUCUUAUCGUUAUGUUGUUGCUUCGCUAGACUACUUUGCGGCACUUUCAGUGCUUGCAGUUUGA